UCAAUCUGUCAAAUAUCACAUCAUAAAUUUUCACGUUUCAAAAUUUAAGUUUAAUUUAAUUACAACAAAAUGUAUAAGUUUUUAUCACGCCAUAUCUCCAAAUCUCAUAGUGCCACUUCCAAUUUUACCACUAUUUAUAGAAAAGUGUCAAAGACACAAAAAAAAUCAUAUAUCGUUCGUAAGAGAUCUAUGUCAGAAACUAGUAUUAAAUCUGAAGUGGAAGCUGACUUGAAUGUUGAAGAGAAACUGAAUGAAUUUGCUUCAGAAGUGAAGUCAGAAAGAAAUUUUCCAGCAGUUUGGACCAGGAACUAUAACUACCAUCCAAUACAAAGAUCAAUUUUUUUUGAAAAGCCAAAAACGGCUCCGCAAUUAAGACUGCACGAUACGCCAUCGAAGGAUGUCUUCACUUCCGGCUUUUACCAGAUAAACAAAAAACCUACAAAACAAAUUAGUCCUUAUGUAAGAGAUACGGAUAUGUACAGAGAGGCCAUGGAAUGUACAAACCAAUGUUCAAACACAAAACGACAGAAAAAGCCAGUGACUAGUAACUACAGUUGUAUAAAUCUACAGCUGUCUCCGAUAAAAGUCGAAGAAUAUUUACACGAAACAAAAAUAAACAGAUAUAGGACCGGGCCCCAAAAACAGCGACCAAGAAAAAAACAAAUAAUUCAACCCAAGCAACUUCCCCAAGUACAACAAAAAUCUAAAAAGGUGAAGAAGUGUGUACGUCGUAACCUGAAGAAGCCGUUCGAGAUUAAGUACCCCAUUACAAACGUUAAACAAAAAACUACAUUCGGUGGAAUACGUGUUAGCUGUAGAACUGAUAAAUUGGAUAAAAAGAAGAAAAAAGGAACAGUUCAUUUAUCAAAAAGAAAUGGUAAAAAUCAUAAGCAAAUAACGCAAGAAAGAAAGAUGUCCUAUAAUAAAGCACCUACCGAAUCCAGCAAAAGUAUAAUCGAUAAAAAAAAUGAAUUAAAGAUGGGAAGUCUGACAAGCAGAAGUGAUAAAGAAUAUGAAACGACGUAUCAGUCUUUGAAAAAACUAAACUCGAAUUCGGAAAAUUACAAUAUUGCUUCGAAAAUCCUUUUAAAAAAUGACUCAGAGGCAAUCCAAGCUGUCCCAAAAUCAAAAAACAAUAAAUUUAAAGUGCCUAAUGUUAACCUAGAUGCAUGGGUGUGUACUUUGCAACCGAUGACAAGUUUCAGAAGCAUGGAAAAAACUAAAAAUAAAAAUACUAUUAAAUUGGUAACAGAAAAUGCAGGGCAGCAGAAUAUUGAAUCAUCAACAAAACACUUAGAUUUUAAAGAUCAGGGGAAAUUUACGAAUAAAGAAAAGCAUAAACUGGCUCAAGUUAAACUACUUCUAACAAAUAUAGCUUCCAAUUCGCUAGAAAAAAGUAUCAACACGAAAAAUGCCUAUGGCAGAAGAUCACAUAAGCCAAUUGAAAUAAACAGUAAAAAUUCUUCUGAUAUAAAAGCUAAUCAAAUUUUCAAAGGAAAUAAAGUUCCUCCGAAUAUUGAUAACACCCAAAAAACAAAAGAAAAUGAUUUUAAACCUCUAAAAGAAUAUAUCGAUGUCAAUAAGGUGACAAGCUAUCAUCUUGAAGAUGACAACGAAGUUAGGUUUUUAACUAAUUUGCAAAGGGAAAAAACUUGUAUACAAGAAAUUGAAUUUUUAAAAGAUACUUCUUACGGCAAUACCACUAGCAAAGAUGAUAUUGAAACAAACCAGAUAUUUUACAAAAAUUUUGACAAGACAAAAGUUAUAUAUGACGUUCUAAAAGAAAAUGCAAAAGUGGAUUACUUCAAACAACACCGUAAUACUGCAGGAAAUUCAGAAAAAAAAUCAUUUCAUACUGUUAAAAAAGUAGGUAAAGAAACUGUUAUAAUUCCUAUGAAAGAUAAAACUAUUCAAAAGCCCAUAUAUGCAAGAAAAUUAAAUUUUCACGAAAGGUCAUUUUCCAGUAGUAAAUUAAGAGGGAAAGACUUUUCUAAGGACGACAAACAAACUCGUACUAAAUAUAAGCAAAAGCCUAGCUCAUAUAUGGAACUUGCUUUGCUAAAGGACAGUUCAAAUCGAGAAAAGCAUGUCUACAAUGAUACUAAUACCAUUUUACACCCAAAGGUAAAUGUCAAACAAGAUGAAAACAUACUAAACACAGAUAAUGAAAUAAAUAAAAUUUUAGCGUCUAAGGAUUUUGUUUUAGAAAAUGGCAAAAUGAUAUUUAAAAUACCGAAAGUUAGGCCCAAAUUAAGUACACCAGAGAUUGGAGAAUUAUACACCGAAACACUAGAUAAUAGUGAAAAUGCUUCUAAUAUGGUAAAUUCUGCAGAAAGAUCUUCGAUGGAGAAAGAACCACGACCAAAAUCUAUCGUACAAGAGGAUAUCUCGACAAAGGUUUUAAAAAUUUCUAAACCUGUUAUUAAGAUUAGUCUUCCUGAUUUAAUUCCUCGUAACCAUUGGUCCUUAUUAAAUAAACAAAAGAAACACAAGUUGUACAAUCCAAUUAAAAUAAAAGAGCUGGAAGCUAAGAAGAUAUCUGCUAGAGAUGUUUGUCAAAUUGACGCUGUGAACAAAAAUACGGCAAAAAAACCUUCAAUAAAGGUAGAACCACAAUCUAGAUCUAGUAAUAAAGAUUAUACUAUCGAACAUAUUUUACGUAAACCUAAAAUUAUAAUCAAGGUUUCCCAUUUGGGUGAAAAACGGAAGUUGGGUGAACGUCCAAUAAUGAUAAAAAAAUUAGAUCCUCAGAAAGAGUUAAAAUCUGAGACAGACAUUUGUAACAGUCUCACUUCUAAUAACAAAAUUUCAAAAAUACCAUUAAUGGAGAAAGCAAUAAAUCACAUCAAACAAUACGAUGACACAAAAGUUUCAGGAAAAUCUUCACCUCUUCCUAAAACGCAGCUACCUAAUUUAUGUAAAAAAGAUAAGUUACACCCAGAUCUGAUUAAUCAAAAAAUGAUGGAUCCAAAGAAUCGAUUGAAAUCCUAUAUAGAUACUUGUCAAAGUAUUAAUCUAGACGGAAAUAAAGUGGAAAGACCGUCUAUACGAAAAGAACCACCUCCUUCAAAUAAAAAAGAAGAUAAGGAUAAGAAGAAUCCAAGAAAGCCUAAACCAGCUAUCAGAUUUCCUCCAUCAAGUAAUCAAGAAAAACCCAAACUCUACGACGACUCAAUAAAGUCAAAAGAACUUAGUACCGAGAAAGGAUUAAAGUUUGAUACAGAUAUUGGUCAAAGCGAUACUGAUAAAGAAAACAAAACAGAUAAAAAAGUAACAAAUAACGAUAACAUAUUAAGAGGAAGACUUAAGUACUUAAUUGCCUACGUUAAAGAACUUCAAAAUAAAAAUGACAAUAGUAACUUAAUAAAACAAGCAGGGGAAACAGAUAAAAUAAGUACAAGGCCAAAGAAAUGUCAACAGUUACCCCACCAAGUUUUUGGUUCAAAUAAAAAUAAAGACCAUGAAAAUGAUAUAAAAGAAAACGAUGGAUCUAAAACAAUCUCCGAGCAACUCAAGAAGGUUUUAAAAUUAAAUUCCGAUGAACUCAGCGUCGAAAAUAUAAAGGUAUUGAGCAGUCUAUCUCCAGAUCAUGUUACAGAGCUGAACAAUACGAGUACGUCUAAGAACCAACCACUACCACCCCACAUUAUACGAAAAAUAAUGAAAUUGAAACUUCAACUUGAUAAGGGAACAAAUCACAAGCAAGGCAAUGAAAAUGACAACGUCAUUAGCGUUGUCACAAAAUCACAAGAAACCAGCAUCCAGAAACCAGUUUUGAAACAAAACCACUCAGAUUCAAGUUUGAUGACAGUGUUUUUGUUGGACGAAAAUGAAGAAAUCAACACGGUUUCGCUAGACAAAACAAGACCAUCAACUGCUCCCAAUAAUAUAAAAAAAUCUAAAAGUGUAAAUGUUAAAAACGUACCUUUAAAGAGAAUGCCUCAAUCUGCCAGAAGUUCACAAAACAUUAAAAAAGCUAAAGUGUUGAUACCAGAAUUAUCACGAGGAAAAGAUAGUGUAAUAAAAUCUAAGCCUGAAAAUAUAAAAACUUUAGACACUGGUGUGAAUAUGAAACCUAUUCAGUUCAAACAAAAACUUUGUGAUAAAACGAAUAUGGAUAAGAUGAGAGAGAUCACUUUAAAUCCAAUUGAUAAAAUAGGAUCAUCUAAAACACUUGCAGAAACCAGCUACGACAAAAAUCAACUUAAUAAAGAAAAUGCAAGAGAUACAAAUAAAAAAAGAAAGUCUGAAAAUGUAAGAUCGGAUAUUGCUAUCAAUAUCAAAAGAAUUCACCGCGAAAAAAAUUAUAGUGCUGAAAAGUAUAAAGAAAAUGUGGAAAAUAUUAUUAAAGAUUCACUCAAAAAACAAAAAUUCUCAAAAACACUUACAGAAAAAACCUUCUCCAGUGAUGGUACGGAUCACUCUAAAAAAGAAAAUAUAAAUUAUGCGACUAAAAGAAAAAAUAACACAAUAGGUAAGUCUAAAAAUAAAAAAACGUUAAACAUUACUACAAGCCACACGAGGGUCCACUGCCAAGAAAAUCUUAAUGAUAAAAUGAAGGAAGACAAAGUGUUAGAGAUUGUUAGAGAUCCCGUUAAUAGCAAUAAGCUUUUUAAAAGACGUACAGAAAAAGCUCCUACCAAUGAUAUUAAAGAUCAAUCCAAAGCUGAAAUUAUUAGAAAUAUAAAUAAAAAAAGUAUCAACACAAAAGACCAUGUUGCAAAAAAUAAACCUGCUUUAAAAAGAUCUAAUGUUUUCUUAAAAAUAAAGAAUAGUGAAUUAAAUAAAAUAAGACUUAGGGUAGAACUACAAAAUAAUAAAGUACAAAACAAACUUAUUGAAUGUAACAGUAAAAAUUUGGCAGCCGUAGGUAAGGAAAAUACAAUCAGCAAAACUAAAUUUGUCAGUAAAGAACCAUAUCAGAAAUCUAAAAAUGAAAGAAAUAACAGCGAGGCAUAUAAUAUUAAUAAAACAAAUAAACUGCAAGUUACGCAAAACUCUACAUUUAAUAAUUUUAACGUAGCUGAAAAAAAUGUUAAAGAUAUAACAGAAAUUAAGAAAACUGAUCCUCUAGUAGAAAAUAUUAGGCCUGGGGAGCAUUUUAACGAAGAAAUUAAAAUUGACAAGAAAGCUAACAAUGAAAAGACGAAUAAAAAGGACGAAAUCCUACUUUCUGCAGACAAUAUAGUAAGAAUUGUAGUAGAUAUAGCUAAAGAACAGAAAUCAACAUCUGUGGAACCGACGGCAAAAGCAAGUUACGAGAAUAAAUUAGAAAAAGAUACAAAUAAGUCUAAUAAUACCUUCCAAUCAGAUUUGCACUUGAAUGCUGCAUCAAAAAAUUACUUUAACCAUAAUUUAAAAACAUCAUUCGAUGAAUCGAUAGCGGAUGUAGAAAAGGAUACUAUUAUAGAAGAAACUAAACACCCCGAGACUUUAGUUAUGAUUGAUCUUAGAAACGAUACCAGUGAAGUUAAAUUUUUAGAUAUGUCCACCAAACACGAUUUACGCAAAUCAUCUUCUCAUACAAUUAUAUCUAAAACAAUUUCAAAAUCCUUAGAGAAACUAAACAAGGUACAACGUAGUAAGAAUUAUUUUAGAGACAAUGAUUAUAGCUAUAUAAAUAGACGAGCAAAAAGGAUGAAAGAAGCUAGGAAGUUUGAUAAAAACAAGGAAGGGAAAUAUUACUUUAAUUCUCAUUUAAGUAACGUGGAAAAAAAGGUUAAAAACAAAUCCGAACAAGAGUCUAAGAAUGUUUCUGAAAUAAAAAAUGCUCCAUCCGCGGUUAGUAUGAAUGAGUAUAGUAAUAAAAAAUCCACGAGAAACUUUUCAGCACUUUCUACCGAACUUACAGAAAACAUUUCUAAUACAGACCUCAAUACUUUUACUAAAAAAGUUAUAGAUAAAUCUAAGCACAACGAUGCUAAUAAAAAUUCAAUAAAAAUGUAUAGCAAGGAUCCUGAUAAGCCAAUAGACGAGAAACAUAAGGAAAAAGUGGAUAAAAAGGCUAACAAAUCUGAGAAACAGAAGAAGGCUCUCGAUAAAAAAGUUAAUAAAACUUUAAAUAAGAGUGAAACUAAGGUAGUUAAAGCACCAAGUUAUUUUAGAGGUGGUAGACGAUAUAAUAAAAUAACAAAACCACCAACAGUUUCUGCUGGGCGUUCAAAGAAUAUCCAAAAAAGCAAAACUGAGAAAAAUCAGACAAAAAGAGGAAUAAAAAACCCUAAACGGCGUAGCGGUAUAACAUUUUUGCUACAAAAUCAGCUUCUUAGUGACCUAGAUAGAUUAAAGUUAUUGAAACUGAUCGGAAAAGAAGACUUAGAUAAAAUGGUGGAGAAGCUAAAAAUAAAUCCUAGUCAAGUAAACGAUUCUGAUUUUUAUUCAGUUUCCGCAGUUGAAAAAGAACUUCACAACCGACGAAAAUCGCGAGAUAAAAUGUAUAGAGAUUUUAGAAAAAAAAUGUCAGAUUUAUUAGAGAAAGCAAAGACUGUAAAACAUACUGGUAAAAGUGGAACUAAGUCAGUUGCUCCAACUGUAACGUCCAACCCUUUAAAAAAACGUCCUGUGGAUGUCAAAAGGGUUUCUACGGCUCCCAAAAACAACCCAGAUGAAAUAACUAAGAACAAGGAUAUUCAGAAGAACUUCUUAAAAAGUCCAGGACAUCUUGUAGACGUAGAUAAACAAAGCAAAACUUCCAACGAAACCAAAACAAAAAAUGUAGAACCUACAAAAGCCUCUUCCUCCAAAACUAUGUUAAACAAGCAGACUAAGCAUUCCACGAAUCAAAUAGUAGAUGUCACAUCUAAAGAAAAUGCCGUUGAACUUUCGGAAAAGACCAAGACUGGGAGAGACAACAACAUAAAAUCUGAUAAUAAUAAAAGAAACGCUAAAGGAACAGAAAACGACAAAAAGUCACCUAAAGCUAGUUUAAAUGAUACAGCCGAGAUAUCUGGAAAACAAUCAAAAUCUACAGAAAAAUCAAAGGAACGCGAAUUUCAAGAAGUGGUGAGGGAGGAACUAACUAAUAUUUUUGAAAAUGGACCUCCAAAUGUUAACCAACAGACGAAUUUGGUGGCAAAAGUCGAAGAAAUUAUGGACACCAAUAAGACGUUAUGGAAAUUUAAUAAGAAUUUUAAUAAAAAGUUGUAUGAUCAUUUAACUGUAUCUUCGAAAACAUCCCCUUAUAUUUUAAGAGCUCCAGCGAAAACACCACCUUAUGUUAUAAAAGCUCCAGCGAAAACAUCCCCUUAUGUUUUAAAAGCUCCAGUUACCAUAGAAAAGGAAUUAAAAACAUUCAGUGAUAUCAAACAAGCACCAAGGUUGCCGGAGUACCAGAAAAAAGAAUGCGUCAGUAUUUUAAUUCCACCUAGAGAUUUGCGUCGUUUUUUAGAUUCGAUAAAGAAUAAUGACGCUACAACGUUACUCAAUAAACUUGAAGAAAAACCAAUGUUUGAACAGAAAACAGAGUUACCGAGGUAUUAUGGGCCUAAGAUCACGUACAUGGCUGUAAACAAAUCAGAAACAGUUCCAGAAUUCCCUUACCAAGAAUCAUCAAUGAAACCAACACGAAGUAACAUGCUUGAUAUUAACCCAAUUAAUGAUGAAAAUGUACAAGCUACGAUUUUAAAAUAUUUACACGAUAUGCAAGAUAUUCAAAACGAAAUAAUUAAAAAUAUGAUUACCGAUACGGAACCUACUUUACAGGAGCCUACAGAACGAAGUUGUUCCGAAAAAGGCAGUAAUAAAAGUUUAAAAGAAUCUAAGACAUUAUUGGAGCCCAAUUCUAAAUUCAACAGCAAAACUCACUCUGAAAACAAAAACGUAAAAAAUGAGGACGAUGAAAAUGAUCCAAAAUUAAAAUAAAUACGUAAGAAACGAAUCUAAUGUAAAUUCAAAUUUUAAUUUUUUUAUGCGAUUAAGUGUCCGAGCAUAAUUUUGAUAUGUGUUGUAAAAAUAUAAAGAACUGUGCAUUAUU